AACAACCGAAUCGAAAUGUUUCCAAGUCAACAUUUUCUGCUCUCUCUUUCUUUCUUCUUCUUCUUCUCCUUCAUAGCUCAUGCUUCUGUUCCUCCCUCUGCCACCUUCAAGUACGUCAAUGAAGGUGAUUUUGGUGAAUAUAUCGUCGAAUAUGAUGCAAAUUACAGAGUCUUAGACCCAUUUGCUCAACCAUUCCAACUUUGUUUCUAUAACACUACUCCUAAUGCCUUUACUCUUGCUUUGCGUAUGGGUACUGUUAGAUCUGAGUCACUAAUGCGAUGGGUUUGGGAAGCCAACCGCGGCAACCCAGUUGGCGAAAACGCCACUCUCACCUUCGGAACAGAUGGAAAUCUUGCCUUGGCCGACGCUGAUGGCCGGAUUGCUUGGCAAACCAACACCUCCAAUAAAGGGGUCGUGGGGUUCAAGUUAUUCUCUAACGGUAACAUGGUUCUCCAUGACAAGAACGGUAAAUUCAUUUGGCAAAGUUUUGAUUAUCCAACUGAUACACUUCUAGUGGGUCAGUCGUUAAAACUUGAGGGUCCUAACAAACUUGUGAGCAGAGCUAGUGAAAAAGAAAACAAAAAUGGUGCAUACAGUUUGUUUAUGGAGGAUAAGACUUUAGCCAUGUAUUAUAAAAGCCCAAAAGCCUCAAAACCUUUACUUUACUUUUUAUUUAAUGAUUUACUGAGUGUCGCAAAAGGUCCUUUGAAGCGAGUAACGUUUUUAUCAGGUUUGGAAUUAGAAUACGAGGGUGCAAAGUCGUUUGGAGGUACUUUAACUCUUAGAAGGCCUAAAUACAAUAUGACACUGUCAUAUUUGCGUUUGGGAAUUGAUGGGAACCUUAAAAUCCAUACUUAUGAAGAUAAUGCAGAUUGGAGUGCUUGGCAAGUGACUUACACUCUGUUUUCUAGAGAUUCUUGGGAAACAGAAUGUCAAUUGCCUGAAAGAUGUGGGAACUUUGGGGUAUGUGAGGAAGACCAAUGUGUUGCUUGUCCAUCACCAAAAGGAUUGUUGGGUUGGAGUAAAAAUUGCCAGCCAGCAAAGGUAAAUUCUUGUGGGUUAAAAGAUUUUUACUAUUAUAAACUUGAAGGAAUUGACCACUUCACUGCAAAGUAUACUAAAGGAGAUGGACCCAUGAAGCAAGAUGCUUGUAGCAGUAAAUGCAGUAAAGAUUGCAAGUGUUUGGGUUAUUUUUACCAUACACAAUCUUCUAGAUGUUGGAUUGCUUAUGAUUUGAAGACCUUGACAAGAGUUGGUAAUUCAACCCAUUUGGCCUAUAUUAAGGCACCAAACAAGUAAUUGAAUAACUGGAGCAAAAUAAAGAGAAGACUAGCUAUUGAGUGAUUGAUUACUUCCUUUUUGCCUUUGAAAUUGAGUUUUUUUUUUUUUCCUUUUUUCUUUUGUGUUUUUUGUUCUCUUUAGUUCAAGUGUAAUAAUGUUUGUCUUCCCAUUUCUACUAGGAAAGCUACUUCUCUUUUUCGGUCUGUGUAAUAAUAACAUUUGGAAUUUCUUAUA